AUGCCCAUCCCCGACAUGACAAGAGUUAUCACUAAUGAAGAAGUCGACCAGGCGACGAAACUCGCUCCGCCAUUUUCGAUGCCCUGUCUGCUCCCAGAUGGGAAAACGGUACUCAAAUCCGGCGACACGGUCCGCGAGGCCGAGGCCAACACCAUGAAGUUUGUGAGCAAGCACACAAGCAUCCCGGUCCCGGAAGUACACAACGUCUACCGAGAUGCCAAUUCCGGCCAUGUCUGUAUAGUCAUGGAGUAUGUGGAGGGCGACCGACUAGACAACGUGUGGGAGGGCCUCACUGCUGAAGACAAGGAUGCCAUUCUGUUCCAGCUCCGCGGCUACCUCACACAGCUUCGACAGUUAAAAGGCGCGUUCAUCGGUACGGUCGACGGUUCUGGAUGCAACGACCAAUUCUUUUCAAUGGACGACGUGGAACACGGCCCCUAUGCCAACGAGGCCGCAUUCAAUGAGGCCCUGGCAAAAGUUUGGUCUGCUAAAGAUGAAGAUGACCCGUUCACGCGUCUGCUUUGCAGGGUACAACAUGCUGUUAUGCAUGACCAUGAAAUUGUGCUGACACACAAUGAUCUGGACCCGAGAAACAUUCUGGUCCGCGGCGCCACAGUCGUCGCCAUUCUGGAUUGGGAGUUUUCCGGGUUCUUUCCCGAAUACUGGGAGUACUGCAAGGCCCUCUGGCGCCCCGGGUGGGACAAGGCGUGGAUCAAGGAGGGAUUUGUUGAUCGGGUCCUUGAUCCAUACUUGAAGGAAGUUGCGGUGAUGCUUAAUACAUCUUCAGCCUGGUGA